CGUAACGGUCGCGGCAUUUGAAACGUGGAGCGCGAAGACGAAUUUGGUAUCGGCGGCGGCGGUAACAACGACGGCUCUUCUACACAACACCCCGACCAUGUCGCGUCCCCUACGACCUAAAACGCCAAAGAGGCCAGGCAUGAAAAAAUCUUCAAACUCGAAGCCCAGAGAUCCCGUUGGGGUGUACUGCCGAGUGCGACCUCUGGGCGAGGAUGAUAAGGAAUGCUGUGUGGAGGUGAUAAGUGAUACCAUGGUCCAGCUGCACCCACCGGAGGGGGCCCGGGCAUUCCGCAACGGAGAGUACAAGGAGACCCAGUACUCCUUCAAGAGGGUGUUUGGUGUGAAUACAACACAGAAGGAGCUGUUCGAUAUUGUGGCGAAAACACUGGUGGAUGAUCUGGUUCAGGGGAAGAAUGGUCUGCUGUUCACAUAUGGAGUUACUGGCAGUGGAAAGACAUUCAAUAUGACCGGCGCUCCUGGACAACCAGGCUUGCUCCCACGCAGCUUGGACAUGUUGUUCAACACCAUUUCCAAGUUUCAGGCUAAACGAUAUGUGUUCAAGCUGGAUGACAAAAAUAGCUUGGAAGUGCAGUCAGAGGUGGACGCUCUUCUUGAAAGGCAGAAACGAGAUAUCUUGCCUCCGGCCACUCCAAAAUCGACCACGUCAAGGUCAAAAGUGGACACAGAGUUUGCAGAAAUCAUCACAGUGGAGGAACACUGCAAGGCAGAGGGGGUGGACGAAGACAGCGCUUACAGCGUCCUUGUCUCGUAUAUUGAGAUAUACAACAACUAUAUUUUUGAUCUUUUGGAAGAUGUGGUUGUGGAUCCCAUCCGACCCAAGUGGGCAACUUGUGCCACUCCCACAAGUGGGACGACGCGGAACCCAGAGUUCAUACCACCACAGUCAAAAAUGUUGCGAGAGGACUCGAACCAUAACAUGUACGUGGUUGGCUGCACAGAGGUGGAGGUGAAGUCCACAGAAGAGGCAUUUGAGAUGUUUUGGAGAGGUCAGAAGAGACGGCGGGUGGCAAACACGACGCUAAACCGUGAAUCGAGUCGCUCCCACAGCGUGUUCAUCGUCAAGCUCGUGCAGGCGCCACUUGACUCGGACGGCGAGACGGUACUCCAGGACAGGGAGCAGAUCACAGUGAGCCAGCUGGCCCUUGUGGACUUGGCUGGCAGUGAGCGCACAAACAGGACGAAGGCAGAAGGCAAUCGUCUCCGGGAAGCUGGAAACAUCAAUCAGUCUUUGAUGACACUGAGGACGUGCAUAGAAGUAUUGCGAGAAAACCAGAUGCUUGGAACAAACAAGAUGGUGCCAUAUCGAGACUCCAAGCUGACGCUCCUGUUCAAGAACUACUUUGAUGGAGAAGGAAAAGUGCGGAUGAUUGUGUGCGUGAACCCCAAGGCAGAAGACCAUGAAGAGACACUGCACGUGAUGCGAUUUGCGGAGAUGACCCAGGAGGUUGAAGUGGCGCGGCCAGCCGACAAACCCAUAUUCGGACUCACACCGGGACGACGAAACCGCUACCAUGAGCUACGCAUGGAGCUGACUCGCAGGCUGGAGGAACGUGGAGGGCCUACUUUCUCCAGUUCAGGGGACUCAGCAGAGAUGCAAAUUCUGUCGCUGCAAAACUUCCCGCCAUUCCCGUCGUUGGAGCUGACGGACGCGAGUGACGAACAGACGCUUUCGGUGCUUGUCAGCCACCUGGAAAUGUGUAUUCGCCAGAGGCAGAACAUGCGGGACGAGUUGGCCCGGGCUCAGGGUAUCUUGCGAGCAGGCCUGCAGGAGCUGGACAAUAAUGUGAUGGGGCGUGAGAACUGGAUCGAGACGCAGCAGGACAAGUUGGCAGAGAAGGACCGGCAGCUAGCAGCGCAGCGUGCAGAAUUAGAGCGCAUGGAGAAGAAGGCCAAGACGCUCGAGUACAAGAUCGACGUACUGCAGAAAACCAACAACAUUCACGAGGAUGACAAACGGCUUCUGCAGCAACAAGUGGAGGAGAAGCGCAAUGAGCUACAAAGGCAGCUCGGUGACAAGCAGCGAAUGGAGAUGCGAAUGCACGGUGUUGUCAGUGAGACGAAGAGCAAGUGGGAGCGUGAAUGUGAUCGACGCGUGGCAGCCAAGCAGAUGGAGAUGCAGAACAAGCUGUGGGUGAAGGACGAAAAGCUGAAGCAGCUAAAGGCCAUCGUGACAGAGACAAAAGGGCCGGAGCGGACACCACGCGAGCGAGAGAGAGUGCCACCCCCGCGUAAAAAGCGUUCCGCCUCCCCUUCACCUGCACCGCCAACAUCUGUCCACGUCUGCACGGGACCGCAGAGAGGGCCCGUGGCCUUGCCACGCAAUGCCUUAACCAGCCGCCGUUCCAACUCCCACGACAACAUUUCUGUUGCAUCCUACGUGAACGAGUGGGAAGGGAGGCUGGGGCCUGGUGAGGCGUGGAAGGGUUUGCGAAAGCAUCACCAAGGUAGGCAGGCAGGCAAGAUGGCGGCCACUCCCACCCACAUGGACAGGUGUUUGAGAAGGACCACAAGGAAAAAUGAGGCUGCAGAAGAAUGCUUAUCAAGCAGUGAGGAACAAGAGAGGCAAGUGAGUGAGGAUAGUGAAGGACAGCAGACGGCACCCCCAGUGCCACUGAGGCACAGGAGGUCACAUUCGGCUGGGCCGGAACGCUGGAUCGACCACAAGCCAGCGACGAGUGUGGAUACGGGGACGGUGAUGCAGCCAUCGGUUACCAAUUCCGUCACGGUGCUCAUGCCGACAGAGCGUGCCCUUUCCAAGGCGGACAAGUACAUGCUCACACAUCAGGAACUCGCCUCGGAUGGAGAAAUUGAAACUCGUCUCAUCAAGGGCCAAGUUUACAAGACACGAGGCGGUGGUCAGUCCGUACAGUUCACAGACAUUGAGACCCUAACGCAGGAGUCGCCCUCAUCCAGGAAGCGCAAGUCAGAUCAGCGUGCGCCUGUGCAGCGAUCAGAUACACCUGACUCUGAGUGGACCGACGUGGAGACAAGAUGUGCAAUUGCAGUCGAGAUGAAAGCUGGCUCCACUGCUGGACCAGGCAUCCAACACCAUGCUCAGCCCAAACGGACGAGGCCUUAAAAAUACCAACGUCUGGACUUCGAAUAUACGAUUUGGGAUCCACGCACCUUUUUAAUAAUUGGAGCAACCAGUCGUGGCCUGGAUUUUUUUUUAUCAAUAAACAUUUAGGUUUGUCGGAAAUUGCUUAUGAUAACUCUUUGUACGCAUAUGCAGGGCCUCUACAACGUGUAUUCAUUGCUCUUCAAACUUGUGAUCUCUGUUGAACUGAAAUAUGGAAAAAAAGGAGUUUUACGCCAAACUUCUAGACUACACAUUUUACAAUAUUAAAAUUUUAGUUUUAAUGUGCACUUUACAUUUCAUUUGCUAUGCUGUAUUGUGUUGUUCUUUAGUUCCUCAUGAAAUGUACUGUCACAUACAGUAUUGCUAAAUUUAUUUUUGGCAGAUUAAACACAUUUACAAAAUACAGAGCCGUAACAAAAAAGUUUUUUAGAUCAACUUCGAGGAUGUACAAUUUUUGGUUGGGCCGUAAAAUCCUCACUUUUGUCAUUAUUACUGUUACAACAGGUUAGUCUCCUUAUUUUAAACAUGAGCAGUCACUGCUUUAAAUAGUAAAUUUAGUUUUCGAAUAAAUGGUUUUAAUGACAAUGAUGAUUUAUUUUUCAGCUGUUUUUUUGUUCAAUGCCACAGCACACCCGUUAUGUUUUUGUGAUUAUUUUUGGAAUUUUGAUGCAGUAUUUUUUAUUUUAAUUCAUGAGUAUUCUUGAAUUCAAAUACUGUGUGCUUCCACGGAUAUUUUUCAGUCAUUCCAUGAAUUCCAGUUUGAAUAAAUCUUGAAUCAUUGUGACUGAUGCUCUGACAUUUUGUACCGUAAAAUGUAUUUUAACCAUAAGUUGAAUGCUUCUCACCUGUGCGCUUGUAUUUAUGCAACUGAACUAAAAUGUGUUAUCCUUGUAGAAAUAAUA